CCGAACGCUAACCGCUGCUGCUGCAAGCACUAUCAAUCGUACGUGGAUCGCCGUCAACUGUUGCCCGCCGACAACUGUUACCCGUCGACAACUGUUACCCGGCGCGUCUACUGCUACCCGCCGACAACUGCUACCCGCCGCCAUUUUGUCACCUGCCCAACAUUUUGCUACCCACUCGACAUUUUACUAACCGCCGACAACUGCUGCUCGUCUCGUCAUUUUACUGCCCGCCGUUAGCCGUUGUUCUCCGUCGUUUUUCUGUUCGCCAAACCAAUAUGUCGCACGUCCCAGGGUUUACACACGAGGAAGAUAUCAUUCUGAUCGACUUCGUCAAGACGCACAGCGUGCUGUACGACCGCUCGCACGAACGGCACAAGGACCACGCUUUCAAGGAGCCCUUGUGGUGCGAAAUAUCCACUGAACUGGACAAAUCGGUAAACCAGUGCAAAAAGCGUUGGAAAACUAUUAAAACAGCAUACCUAAAGAAUCGAAUUAUGGAAACUGGAUCGAUUAAUAAAUCAGAUACAACUCAGUUGUUGUCUCUUCGCUUAUCGUUUUUGGACUUGGAUCAAUUACAACCUUCAUCAAGCAUUGCAAAUAAUAGAAAUGAAGGUGAGGAAAUUUUAAAUUAUAUGUCUUUGAUUAAUCCACCUAAUUAUGAGGAAGACAGCAAUCCAUCUAGAGAAGAAAAAAUAAUAAUGUUACGAGCAUUGUCAAAAGGAUUAAAAGAAUUAAAUGAAAUGUUAUUUAAGUGUUUUCUAAAACAAAUCGAAAUUCUUAAUAAUACAAUAAACUCGACCAAAUUUGAUGAAAACAACGUCUCAAACUCUGACAAUAAUGAAACAACUGAUGAACAUGUAGCAAACGAUGAUGAUGAUGAUGAGGAAAAUUAUUUAUUACCAACUCGAAUGAAUACUGACGGUUCGUUUUCCUAUUCUUCUGAAAAUGUAGCUGAAUCAAAAGAAAAAAAUACGGUUUUACAGAAUUUGCAAAAAGAAUUUGAACUGCUUUAUAAUAAAUCGGAGACCACUCAAUCAUUGGGUUUAUUUUUUAAGAGUGUAUUGAAAGAUAUCGAGUGUGUAGCUCCUAGAGGUUUGAAUGAUCUUAAGCCAAGGAUUAUAAAAUGUGUUUCUGAUGUCAGGGAAAUGUAUUUGUAUUCAGAUGUGUCGUUGGGUUCUGUUCCUUGUAAACUUCCUAAGAAGUCUGCUAAAUCAGGAGAAGGAAAUAAACACGAAGAUGUAUCGUUGGGUUCUGUUCCUUGUAAACUUCCUAAAAAGUCUGCUAAAUCAGGAGAAGGAAAUAAACACGAAGAUGUAUCGUUGGGUUCUGUUCCUUGUAAACUUCCUAAGAAGUCUGCUAAAUCAGGAGAAGGAAAUAAACACGAAGGUGUGUCGUUGGGUUCUGUUCCUUAUAAACUUCCUAAGAAGUCGGCUAAAUCAGGAGAAGGAAAUAAACAUUUAUCUAACUUAAAAAAAAAAUUCGAUUUGCUUAAUUAUGCUUUUGAGACAACUACUUCUAUGGAAUUGUUUUUUUUGAGUGUAAUAGCUGAUAUAGAAGAUUUUUCUGUUCAUGCAAUUGAUGAUGUGAAACUCAGAAUUUUAGAAUGUGUAUCUGAAGUUAAAGAUAUGUAUUCUAAUCAAGAUGUAUCUUCGAUAAUAUCUUCUCCUAAUGCCACUCCUCGUAAUUUACAACCCCGCAGUUCGCCCAGAGACCACUUAAACACACUCGAAUCUCCUCCUCAAGGCUAUCUAGUAUACGAGUAUUAUAACGUGCCUGUUUACAGUGAUGAACCAUCUAAUUAUAUCCAGCCUUUAUUUUAAUACUGAUUUUUAUAUCACCUAUAUAUAACCAUAAUUCAAGUUAUUUCCGUUAACAUAAUUACUGAUUCUUCUACUCCUGAACCUUUCUCCAAUUAUUUGGGAUUAGUCACUCUCAUCCAAAACCUCUACUAGCUUAGAUUUCCUACAUUCCCUACGAACACAUGAUUACAAUAUUAAUAAUACAUUACUAUAUUUAUUAUUACAUUUUAUAUUAUUAUUAUUAUUAAC